CGAUUUGGUACGAUUUUGUCUGAUUCAGAUACGAUCAUAGUACUAUUCUUCGACCUGGGUGGUAUAAUCAUCUUCACCUAUCUUAAGAUAGGUGAAAAUCAUUAUACACAAGUAGAAAUUAGGAAUUGUUCGCAUGCUUUAUCAGUUAUUUUCUAUCAAUAAAGCUUAAAUCAAACAUGUAAAAUUGAAAGGGCUACAAAAUAAGCUAUAGUACGUUGUUUCAAACCUUAAGUUUAAAAGACUUAUUAGCAAAUUACCGAACCCAUACGAUGAGUUUAUCGUGCGACAGGACAGUCAAUGAAGUACAGUGGUGUAAAUAUGGGAAGACCAGGAAUGGCUUUCAUACAAGAAAAUGCAGGAAAUAACAAGCUUCAAAAUUAAAAUACAUUAGAUUCUUGUAAACGUAUGCCUUCAUACAUUCGUACACUAAAUACUGUACAACUAUGCUGAUUGUUGCUUAAAGUACGUGACAAAAGCUUAAGAUUUUUCUUUUUCUAACAUUUUUCAUCAACCAUGACAGCUAAAACAGUACUAAAGAACGCUUUGAGCAGCUGAAACAUUUUUCUAUCCGAUAAGGCGUAUACAAAAAGUUUUCUCAAAAUGUUUAAAAAGCAGGAUUUGGGAAAAAUCUUUUUUGGGAAAGACCUACUUUCAAGUAUUCUAGCUUCUAUCGAUAGUUUUGUGUUAAUAGUUUAGUUAGAGAGAGUAAACGUUUCUGAGGAAAAUAAGACGUCUACGAGCUCUUUACAAUAGGUUUUCAUCGAUUUACAUUAUAUUUAUUUUGACCCAUCUGUUCAUAUUUGCUCCUAUUUUUUCCAGCUCCUAUUAGAAUAUAAGUAGUCGAGGCGAAGUCGUAUCUAUAGCCAAGAGCAUGUGAAAAAAUAAAUGUCGCCUGUAUGCGACCAUAUGCACAUAUUAUGACCAAAUUUUGUUAGCACCAAGACUUUCACAUACUUUGUUUUAAUCUGAAAAAUAUGUUAUACCAUUGACUAUCAUUUCUACUUGUUGUAUGAGUACAUUUCUACCAUAAACUAUGAAUUCAUUAAGUACAAGAACCUUAGCUGUUGAGUUCAUAAAUGGGUGGAAUAUGAAGGAUGGCUAGUUUUGAAGAUCAGUUUUCUCUGUAGUUGAAUUUGUUGCGAAAUCGUUUUGGAAAAAAUGAUCGGUGCCACUUUUCUUGCUAUGCCAAUAAUAUUUAUUCUUGUUUAAACUCUUUUAUUUUAGGCAACAAUUGAAAAUGCAGUUGAACUUGAAGAAAAAAUAGACGCUUAUGAAAAAGAUGAAAUUAAAAAUGUAUUAAUUCUUGUUAUUGAUGCACGAAUAGGACAUCAACGUCAACACAUUCCAUUUGCUCGACAACUCAUAGAUAAAUCAGAGAAUACAUGUAAUGUUCAUUAUCAAACACCAAAUGGAGUACCACAGGAACAACAAAAGUUUAUGCGUAAAUAUUUUAUUAUGUUAUUACAUUUACCAGCACAAGAAUUAUAUAAUCAAUCAUGUUUUCCAUCAAUAUUUUUACAAGAUUGGAAUUUUUAUUUUUUUGAUACAUGUACACUAUCAAGUGCAUUUCAUUUACAAAAACUGUUAGAUAUUUUAUGUCAAUCAUCAUAUUCUAAAAUACAACAACAAUCAGAUCAACAAUUAGAUGAUAAUAUUCAAUUAUAUGAUUUAAAUAUUUUAUUUGAUGAUUGUUUAUGGGAAUUUUGUUCACGUUUACAAUUAGUUAUACAAGAAUUACCAAAAAAUUUAUUUAAAAAUGAUAUUGUUUUUGAAUUUUAUCAAAAACAAACAAGUGUUAUUAAACGUGUUCAAUGUUUUAAACAAAUAUUAUCAAAAUGUUCACAAUUACAAAAACGUAUUAUGGAUAUUUAUCAUGAACAUUUAUUAAUAGAAAAACAAUCAUGUAAAAAAAUAUAUAAUUUAAUUUAUCAAAUAUCAAAAGAUAUUCUAUGUGGUAAACGUUUUGAUGGUCUUGUUGAUUCUGUAAGAUUACAAAUACAAUCAUCAUUAAUAAAUUUUGUUUCUUGUAUAUUAAAAUUUCUUGUCAAUGAUUAUGGAUUAGAAACAUUAAUUGAAUCAUCAACAUCAACAACAAACAAUAAUUAUCAUACAAUGUUAAAUUUAAUUGAUUAUUCAACAUUUAAAAUUGAUGAUAAUACUGAUACGACAAUAAUAACAGAAGAUACAUUUCAAUUUGUUACACAUUAUUCUUUUAUACCACAAACACCAUUAUUUCAUUUAUUUCAUCAACGAAUUAAAUCGUAUGCUGAUGAUAUUAAAGUACAAAGUAUUCUUAAAAAAGAGAGAAAACCUGAGGAUCAUACUACAACAGUAACAACAGCUGAUAAUGAUCAAUAUGAAGAAGAAGACGAAGAAGAAAAUGAUAAUAAUAUAAUUGUUUUGACUCCUGAACAAUUUCGACAUGAACUAUUCAAAGAAAUAUUAAAAGAUGAAAUAUUAGAUAAAAUUAUCACUAAACAAGUAAUAAACUCAUAUUCAAUAGAUUUAAUAAAAACAUUAUGUACAAUUGUUGAAAAAAAUUUUAAAAAUGAAUUAAAUGAACAUGAAAAAACAAUUGAAUUUUUAUCAAAAUGGUUAUUAUUAUUAGAUGAAAAUGAUAGUGAUCUAUAUGAAAAUUGUACAAAUAAACAAGUAUGGUUAUUAUCGCAUAUUUAUACAUCAUUUGAAUAUGAUAAAAAUGAUUUAUUAUCUUUGUAUAAUGUAUGUCGUAUUUUAAAUCAUCUUGAUUCUACACUUGAUUUUUAUACAAUAAAAACGAAAAAAGAUGAUGAUGAUGAUAAUAAUAAUAAUGAAAAUGAACUACGUACACGUUCCAAUGUACGUGAUCAAUUAUUUAUUUUAAUGUUUGAUUAUUUAUGGAAACAUUUAUGUUUACCUGAUAGAAAUCAUCAACAAUGGAUAGAAAUUUAUACAUUUAUAACAAAAUAUUAUCCAUCUGAUAAAGUAUUACAACGUAUACAAUUAACAAAUAUUAAAUCUAAAAUUGAAUUUAUGAAUUUAGCUUAUUUAAUAUUUUUAAAUGAUAAAACACCUGAACCAAAUGAACUUGUUUUCUAUUUAUUAACAGAAACAAAAUUAGUUAAUAAUGAAAAUAAUGAUAAUAAUUGUUCAAAAUUACAAAUUAUUAUUGAUGCCAUUCAAAAAUAUUUUGAAACUAAACAAGCAAAUUGUUCAACAUUAAUGAUUGAUAGUCAACAAUGGAUUAUAUCAAUAUUAAAAGCAUCUUCAACAUUAAUAAAACAGGAAAUGAAUUAUUUAUUUAAGUAUUUAAAUUCACAAACUUGUCAAUUGUCAUUAGCAAUGAAACAAUUUUUAUUUAAUGAAGUAGCAAAUAUAUAUAUUGAACGUAGUAAACCAAUACGAAAAUCUACAAGUGAUCUUACAAGUGAACGUAUUAGUAUCUUAUUACCUGUUAUUAUUGAAUGUUUGACCGAUAUUGAUAAUAUAUUGGUACAAAAAUAUCAAUUUCCUUAUCAUCCAUCAGUGGAAAAUACUCGGCAAAAUCAAACAUUACUUGAUCUUUAUUUUUUCUAUGUAAGGCGUUAUUUAAAUGAUGAAGUUAUUAAAUAUGACUUUAUUAAUAAAAUUAUGUUAUUAAAAAUACCAACACAAAUUCCUCUUGCGAAACGUCCUAUAGCUGAUUAUUUAUUUAAACAAUUAAAAAUUUAUAUAUCGCUCUAUUCAACAGGUAAAUAUAAAAAAAUCUUUGUUCAAUCUCUUGUUUAA